UCUGCUCUCUAGUUACAGUAUGGCGGCUUGGACUUGCGGAGGAGGACAACUUCUUCUAGAUUCCUUCCAGAAAACUGUAGGAAGGCGACGGCUUUAACUCAUAACCGCCUCGGCAAACGCCGGCUGGACUGAGACAGACGACGGCAGCGCAACUUGUGGCUUUACGGAGGUUUUUUCCUGGAAGAUAAUCGGGCUGGUGUGAUGCGUGAGGACCCGCAGUCAAGAAACUCCCCUGAUUUUUCCGCGUCUGACUGUCAGUUAGCCCGGCUAGCUGCUCGGUAGCUCACCACCUCCAUGCUAACGUUCGCUUGCAGGGCUCCGUUGUAGCCAAAAGGCGGGCUAGCUUGCUGCUUUUAUUUGCUCCAGGAGACAGGGAUGGCACUUCGCCUCCACCCGGUAAGCGAACUGGUUGAGUGGGGUGGGGAGAAAACAUUUCAGGACCUGGUUGAUAAGUUUGUCAGCACUCAUUAGCCUAGCCUAGCCUAGCCUAGCUUUGCUGGUACAACGCCAGAAAACGUUGGCCGAGAGUUAGCGCUCUGCCUGUCCACUAGCGAGCUAGCCAAUUAGCAUUUUAGUUGCACAAGAAGACCUGCUAAUCCCCGGUUCAUCCCGGCUGAGUGUUUUGAAGCCUCUGCACUAACUAAUUUAGACCAAGAGCGGAGCCUGAACUGCAUUAGUUGACCUAAUUGACCGUUAAUGUUUAAUAACUCAGGGGUGUUUUGGCGUUCAGUCUUGCUAGGUGUCGUUAGCGACCUUUAUAGGUGUUCUGUGGAGGGAGUGGUAACGUUAGGUAGCUAGCUAAGCUUCCCUGUAUCAGGGCAACAGUGUCACUUAGAUUAUGGCUGUAAAUGGUGAAUAUAUUUCAGAUGACAAAUGUACUUAACGCCAGACGUGCGUGAAUCGACUGGCGUGUUGCACAUUGGGGUGUGUGCCCCUUGUUAGCUCGCUGCAAGACAAGACUUAACACUGCUAGAAAGCGCGCAAUAACAUUAUUAAUUGACCCUGUAUACAUUCGAUAGGUUGUUUCCUGGAUUGGUCACUCAUUCAAUCAGUGGUCACAAGUACUGGUGUGAGCUGUUGCUAUCUUGGGAGGACUAACCAUCCAGUCUGUGGUGCCUGACUGGCUUCCCUCGCCUGCUUCAGUGCUGGAAUAGUUUGAUGGACGUGGGAGGCUGUUUUCCAGGCUGUCAGUGCUAUACUCAGUCAUGUAUGUCUUGACACAUGGCACCCUGGUCUGUACAUAGUGCCUGCUGUCACAUAAGAAUCGUUAUGUAGCUUUGGUGGACAGUCAGUGAGGGGAAUGUCUUGUCUUUUUUCUACCUGUUGGUUUGUUUUUUAUUUUCGUUUGUUCCAAACACAGGAGAGUCUUGUUGAUUCGAAGUGGGAAAGCGGUGCAGCCUGGGCUGUGCACAGUGGACAAUGUUUAUUAGUUAGUGCCUAGGAACUCAGAGGACUAACAGUUCUGCCUACAUAUAGGCCACAGAUAUUGUAGAUUAUUCAUUGGGGAUUCCAACAGAACUGCCACUCUGGAUCAAGAAAACCUGUCCCUCGUGUCUGGUUGGAGUAACACUCUUAAGCCAAAAUCAAUGCCUUCAGCGCUGGCUGUGUUCGCCUGCCGACCCAACUCACACCCAUUCCAGGAGCGGCAUGUAUACCUGGAUGAGCCAGUCAAGAUCGGCAGGUCGGUGGCUCGGUGUCGGCCGGCCCAGAACAAUGCCACCUUUGACUGCAAGGUGCUGUCCAGAAAUCAUGCCUUGGUUUGGUUCGACCACAAGACUGGCAAGUUCUACCUGCAGGACACUAAAAGCAGCAACGGGACGUUCAUCAACAGCCAGAGGUUGAGUCGUGGCUCGGAGGAGAGUCCGCCCUGUGAGGUGCUCUCCGGCGACAUCAUUCAGUUUGGUGUCGACGUCACUGAGAACACACGCAAAGUCACCCAUGGCUGCAUUGUGUCAACAAUCAAACUCUUCCUACCUGAUGGGAUGGAGGCACGCCGACGAAGCGAUGUCAUCCAGGCUCCGUUACCACUACCUGUAGACAAGGUUGCAGCCAACACCCCCAGUAUGUAUUCUCAGGAACUGUUCCAGCUCUCCCAGUAUCUACAGGAGGCCUUACACAGAGAGCAGAUGUUGGAGCAGAAGCUAGCCACUCUGCAGCGUCUGUUAGCCAACACUCAGGAGGCCUCAGAGAGCAGCUGGCAGGCUCUGAUCGAUGAAGACCGUCUUCUCUCCAGACUGGAGGUGAUGGGCAGUCAGCUACAGGCUUACUCUAAGUCCCAGACGGAGGAAGGGAUCCGUAAGGAGCUCUUGGCUCUUCAGGAGGACAAACACAACUAUGAGACGACGGCUAAGGAGUCUCUGAGGAGAGUCCUCCAGGAGAAGAUCGAGGUGGUCAGGAAGCUGUCAGAGGUGGAGCGGUCACUCAGUAACACGGAGGAUGAGUGCACCCACCUGAAGGAGAUGUCUGAGAGGGGCCAGGAGGAGCUGAGGGAGCUUGCCAACAAGUACAACGCUGCCGUCAAUGAGAUCAAAGAGCUCACUGACAAAAUUAAGGCGGCAGAGGGCCGGCAGGAGGAGCUGACUCAGCGGGGAGCGACAGAAAAGAGGGAGUUGGAGCUGCGGAUCGAGGAGAUGGAGGAGAAGGAGCAGGUUCUCCAGGCUCGCAUCGAAGCUCUGCAGGCCGACAACGACUUCACCAACGAGAGGCUCGCAGCCCUGCAGGUGCGGUUAGAACAGCUACAAGAGAAAAGCAUUAAAGAAAACAACAGCCUGGAUGUCGACAUUGUCUCCCACGGACCAGUAGAGGAGCCUGUCGAGGACAAAAAGAGCCUGCAGACACCCGAGAGCCAGGAUGAAGACGAGGAUGAGGAGGAUACAGACACAGAUGAUGGUGCAUUUGGUGAAGAUGAAGAUAAUGAUGACAACUGUCAUGUUAACAACAGCGGAGGAGACUCGACUAGAAUCCAACAGUUGAUUGAGUGUCCGCCGGUCAAACAGCUGAAGGAGACUGUAAGCUCUUCAAUCCACAAACUGGCCAACUUUGAUGAAGUGAUGGACGCCCACCUACAGAACAACCAGACGGCAGAAGACGACAUCCUGGCCAGCCCAGAUCGACUCAAAGGGAAUCAGAUGGAUGCCAAAGAGUCCGACAUGUCAGACACUCUGAGUCCCAGCAAAGACCGCAGCAGUGACGACACGUCAGAUGGCAACAUGGACGACCAGGAGCUCAAUGAACCACAGAACAGAGUAGCUCUGCUCAAAGCUGAGUUGCAUCGGGCCGGUCUAGAGCCUGGAGACACAGAGCAGGUCAUCCACCACCUCCACAGAGAGCUCCUAGACGCCCAGGAAUUAGCCAAUACUGGCAAACAGAGGUGUCUGGAGCUACAAGCUCUGCUGGAGGAGGAGAGGAGGAGUAACUCUCAGCAAACUGAAGAGUCGACCAAACAGAUCCAGUACCUGCAGACUCAGCUUGGGAAGCUGCAGGCCGACAUGGAGGCACUGAGGGAGCAGAGGGAGAGCACCAUCUGCACCACUAGAGAGGAACUCUGCUCCGCCCAGGAGGAGAUUCUUGUCCUGCGGCACGCCAUGGAGGCAGCCACGGCGGAGCGGGAGCGCGAGAUUGCUGCCCUGCAGGCUGACCUCAGCAGCGUGCGAUCAGAGCUGGACCACUGGAGGGAAACGGCCGCCAAGUACGAGGGGGAGAUCAGCCGGCUGCAGGAGGCCUUCACACAGCAGCAACAGCAGCAGAGCACUGCCAGCCAGCUGCAGGCGGAGUGUGCUACGUUGCAGCAGCGGUGUGUGUGUUUGCAGCAGGACUGUGACGGCCUGAGAGGUGAACGGAAAGCUCUUACAGAGAAACUGCACCGCCUGGAGACUGAGCUUAGCAGCACCAGGGAGCAGAGUCAGGUCCUCAGCAGCAGUCUGGAGUCUCUGGAGAAGAGGGAGGAGGUUCUGCAGGACAAACUGGGUUCUCUGGAGAAUCAACACCUGCAGGACGCAAGCAAGCUGAAGAGCCAGCUGGACCAGGCCAAGGCCCACACACACACACUGCAGAGAGAGUAUGAAGACACACAGUCCCAGCUGUUGGACCUCCGUCAGCGCUAUGAGAGAACAGAGAAGGAGAAGCUGAAUAUCCACCAGGAGCUGGAGCAGUGCAGAAACAGCCUGAAGCUGCUGCAGGACAAGACCAGCUCUCCAUCCAUACUGCAGCCUGUCCAAGCCAUAUUCAUUGGCCUUGUCCUGGCUCUGCUGUACUGGUGUUUCGGCCAGUUGUGGUAGAAAGAGCGGCUGGAGCCCCUGGAUGCCGGUCAUCGCAGUGAUGGUCGCCGUGACGGCAGCCGUCCUCUACCCGAACCUCUCCAAGAGCAGCUCCACCUAGGACACACACACACACACAUACACACACACACACAGACACACGCGCACACAGAGCGCUGUGAGGAGAGCAUCACUGCUUUACUUGUAUAAAGUCUAAUUGUACAUAAUUGUAGAGGGAAUAUAAAGGUUGUGGUUUCUACAGAGGAUUCAGAAGCUUCUCGGUUUAUUUUGUUUUUGUGUUUUAUUUUCUGCGGCGGGAAGUUUUGUUGUCGUUUUUAUUCUUGGCUCUCUCUCAGCUGUGGUGGGGGCUCUUUUGGUUUUCGUCUCUCUGCUGAUUUCUGGGUUAACGAAGCGUUCUCCAGCAGGCCGAGCUUCCACACAAAACACCUGCCAGAGGUGACGUUCACACCUGUCCCAUCGUACGAACGGCAUCAAGGCGAAAGCAACACUUUUCAGCAGUCUGGGAAACAUGAUCUAUAAUCUGCAGGUCUGCAUUUACUGAAGGAUCUGCACACCUUGUGAUAGAUUUCAUUGGCUAUUGGAGUCUGUGAGCAGGUGUGUUCACCUGUAGCUCCGCCAGAACUGGUUUUCAGCUGGUUGGACUGGGCUGCAGCGCUCCUUCAGCCCUGAGGGUAGCUCUCAUGCUGGACUGACACAUUUUGAUUUUCAGUGUCUUUACUUAGCAAAGUCUUUUCUUUAAAUUGUCUCCAUAUUUAGCUUUAACUUUAAAUUCUCUAAACCAGCUCAGUGCCUCACCUGCCUCCUAUAAAUGUCUCUGUGACAUCAUCAGUGUGAGUCAUGUGUGUCGCUUUUUUAGAGCAAUUCAUAUGUGUAUGAUUACUUUUUGAUUUUAGCUGCAGAUAUUUGGUGCCAUUAUGCUCUUUAUCUUUGAAUUUGGCCAUCUUUUGUUCCUGAAACAUACAGUAUUCUCUUUUUUGUCUUGUCAGAGCAGAUGAUUGAUCAAAAUAACAAAUUACCAAUUCGACAACAGAUUGUAAUUUAAUUAAAUGCUAAUAUGUUUGAUAAAAUGUGCCACUAAAGCUUGGUAAAAGCUCUAAUGUUUUUUUACAUAUCACCUUCAGAAUAGGCUCUGUUUCAUGAUGUGUUCACACCAAAUGCAGAGUGAAUGUUUGGGUCAUGUCACUCACAUGAAGGAUUUUUUGGAGUAAUUAGCAACUGGGGAGUUCGUCCUGAACGGCUAUGCUAACGGUUGUGCUAACUAACGGGAAUGCAGCUAACGGCUAACUCUGAAUCUGUGUGAACCAAGACGGCAACACUUUUUAAAAUUUGACAUACUGUCACGUUACGUUACUGCCUCACUCUUUCCAUUGUUGCCUUUAAAUUAAAGAUCAACUUAAAUUACUUAAAUCAUUUUGCUAGGGAGCACCCAGAGAUGUAUAAUAAUAACAAGAUACCAGACACCAAGAUGGCACCUAUUCAGGAACUGCUUGUCUUGUGCAUAUGUCAAAAAAGCCUCAAGCUUCUGGGUUUACUUCUUUGGUAUGCAGCCCACUGUCCCUCGUGGACAUGGGUGGAUGAUGCCAUUUUCAACACGCAGCCCCUCACAGACACGAGGACAUGUAAACUAUGAACUGGCCCUUAGAGAGAUCGGGUGACGAGCUCAGACAUCUGCAGGGGGCUCAUAGUAGAGCUGCUGCUUCUUCAUUUGAAACGGGGCCAGUUGAAGCAGUUUGUGUGCCUCCCAUUAGAAGUUGUCUGGGCACAUCCAACUGGUAGAAGGCACCAGGACACUCCCAGAACAAUAAAUAUGCACAGUAAUGUUUCUCCUGCUGGCCCCGCCCACGGGUUCCCGCUCAGCUCACAGACUUGACACUAUGAUGAUGUCACAGAUUUUUAAAUGCACGAAUGUAAAACCUCCAUGGAUCAAGAAUUUGUAAGAGAGGCGUAACUGUCCUUGUUGGAGGUGUCCCGUCAACAGUUUUACAGAGGUCUCUUUUGUUACAGUGGCCUGUGGGAAAGAUGCUUCUUGGAGCGUAGGGGAUUUGUUUCGCUGCAAUACCGCGAGUGGCCACUUGGAAAUCACCUCAACAAAAUAGCGUACACUUUAAAGGCAGUGUCCUGUGAAUUUUUCACUCAAGCCGAAACAUUUCAACUCAUGCUAAAAGCACAAAUCUCACAUAAUUCUCGUCUUUGCACCGACUUUGUAAAAUGCUCGCUUCGCAUUCAGUGUGGACACAACCGGCUGUUUUUAGUAACUUGAAUAUUUCAUAGUGCGAUUUCUGAAACAAACGUGUGAUAAUAAGUCAUAUUAUCACUCAGUAGGAGUCCCCUUGUUGUGUAAAUUACAUGUUUAUAUGAAACCGUGAAUCUGCAUCACAAAAUCAUCUCCAGACAUCAGUAAAACAACAAAGUAAAUUCACUUCAAUAGUAAAUGUACAUCUGCGUCAUUACAUUUAGACAAAGUGUCGUCAGUUCACCUGAAUCAGUAUUUCAGUUUCUGUUGACCUGAUGAUGAUCUGUCUCCGCCUGCUGGAAAGUGUUCGCGUCCAGGUGUUCACAGGAAGUCCUGCUCUACUCUGUUCUGGUUUGAGUCGGACAUGUUGGAUGUCUAACAUGCCGUUUUUCUCUGUUAUUGUAUUCCCUUUUUUUCCGGGGGAGUUUUGGGGGACGGGGGGUGAAACUUGAAGCCAAAUUAUUAAAAUAAAAAUGAGAUUUAUUUUCUGUUUCUUUUUCGGGGCACAGUAAAGGGGGUCAAAGUGCCUCUGAUGUAACUAACUAACACCACAGUUUGUGUACGUGUGCCGACGAGCGCACAGCAACACACGCUUUCUCUAGUGAACACACACAAACACACACAUCAUUUAUGUGACUGUCAGAGGUCUGUCGGUGUUGAGAGUGUGGAGAGAAGCUGAACGUCAGUGACCCACAGUGUCUGUGAAGCUUCUUUAGGGCGGUUAAAAGCUCUAACAGCAGCCAGUAAGUGGACCUUGAGUUUAGUUUGUCAAAUUAUUGUCGUGGCUUCACCCAGAUUUCCAUCAGCUGGGUGAUUUUUUUUUUAAGCCACGUUCAUGGCUGUUAGGAUGCUCAGGACAAACUUUUUUGAGAUUGAUUGUCGUCUCCAGUUCUCAUCUUUCCAACAACGUUACUUCCUGUUGAGUAUCGAGCUCGAACGCCUCACAGAGCUGCAGGAAGAAAAUCAGCUUCUCUCUGACUUGAAACACUCGAGGCCUCUGCUGAGAUGUUUUUAGCAGACAUUAAAUUAUUUUGAGACACGUGUGUGUUUGUGUGUGUGUUUCGGGGCUGGUGAGCAGGGGGGGGAGUGUGUGUCGGUUCACACUCUGGACUCUUUGUCAUCGUUCGUGUACUCUGUCUCGUCUCCGUGUUUAAAAAAAAAAAUCUAAAUAAAAGUCAACGAACAAAUAUUCCUGAUGUUUAAAGAGAAAAACACUACAGUACAGAGAGAGAAUUGUAAAAUAAAAUGUUAUUGAAUGAUGUGCUACUAGACUUAUUUUGUUAAAA